CAGCCAAACCCCUCUCGAUCACCCAUCCGAGCCAAACAACCACUCGAUCGGUGAGCCUGCGCUGUGCACGAUGGCGACCGGCAACGCGACGGCGCUGAGGGCCCUGGUGGUGACGACGCUGGUCUCCUUCCUCCUCAUCCAGGGAGUGGCCGGCGAGUUCGUGUGCUGCUUCUGCGACUGCUACAACGCCUGCAAGAACGACCCUAGCCGUCCCAAGGACAAGGUGGCCUGCCACUGGGAGUGCUUCAACAAAUCCAGUUGCAGGUUCAGCUGCAAGAACCCCGGUAACUGCGGGCGGCACUCCUCCAAUGGUGACGACGUGGGUGUGGCCAUCGCUUCCGGCGGAGGCAGUCUGGGCAUGGUGAAUGGCACUGGAGCUGGAGGGGCCGGCGGUGGCAGUUUGGGCAUGGUGAAUGGCACUGGAGAGGGAGUCACUCCUUGAGAUCUGGAGGAGGCUGCAUGGAGAAUGGAGGCUUUAGGAGGAAAGACAUGAUCUGGUGGCCGUAGAGGCUGAGAGCAAUAGUAAUAGUAAUCCGAAUAAAAAUGCAUGCUUGCGAUGACUGAUGAGAUCUGUUCUCCAUUCUGGAAGUUUCAUGAUGUUUGUGAUUAUAUAUGGACUUGAUCACCUACAUUUGUGUGUCCCUGUCGUUUUAUUAUGCUUGACAAUUAAUGUUUAAGAGAGAAGCCUGGAGUG